AUGCUGAACAAGGGGCCACGCUUCAAGGAGCUGGUCAAAUACUGGCUUCCCACUGCAGGUACAUGGGGUACUGUUGGUGCUGUGGGGCUGAUUUGGGCCACUGACUGGCGUCUGAUUCUGGAUUGGGUACCAUACAUCAAUGGCAAAUUUAAGAAGGACAAUUAAGCUAUCUUUUCAAUCUUAUGGUCUAGGGAUGGAGGACUUUUUGGGGACUGCUCU